CGCCAUUAAACACAAAAGAUGAAGAAAUAAGACGAAAACGAAACUCUGUUGUGAACCGCCGUAAACGCUUCAAGUGCUAUUUUGCCUGUCACUGAUGCGUUUGAUAAGUAUUCAUAUCCCUUAUUCUUUUGUAUCGAGCUAAUAAUGAGUUUUGUUCAACCAGCGCGGUUUUAUAAACAUCUGCCAGUAUGGAUCGUAGAGGACCACCACGAUGUGGUGUGCCAUAUAUAUCGUGCCAUUGCAACAAGACAUCUCCCCAUGAAGAACAUUAAGCUUAUUCAUUUAGACUCCCAUCCAGAUCUACUAAUUCCUGUCAACUUGUGUGCUGAUACAGUUUUUGAAAAGGAUAAAUUGUUUAGUGAGUUGAGUAUAGAAAACUGGAUCAUGCCCAUGGUUUAUGCUGGCCACAUCUCUUGUGUGGCAUGGCUCCACCCAUACUGGUCACAGCAAAUCAUGGAAGGGGAACACAAAAUGACUGUUGGCAAAGAUUCAUCCACAACUACCAUUAGGGUGACGAGUAAAGAUCAUUACUUCCUCAGUGAUGGCUUGUAUGUUCCAGAGGAACAACUUGAAAACCCCAAACCCUUCAAAUUAAAUGUGAUCAAAGUCAAUCCUGUUAAUCAUCAGCAACCUUUUGCAGAAAUGAAAACAGAGGAGGAUUCUGAGACACAGCUUGCCAAGAAACCCAGAAGAGAAUGUCCACAAGUUGGGGACACCAGUUGCUCUCAACUCCUUCCAAGAACUGAUCUACCAGACGCCAGGCAAGAACAAAGCUGCAGUGUAAAAAGAGAUUGCAACGAUGGAAAUGAAGAAGGAUCCACAAGUUAUGUUAUUGAAAGGAUAUCAACUGUCCUGAAUCAAACAGAGCCGUACAUCCUGGAUAUUGACUUAGAUUUCUUCUCCUGUAAGAAUCCAUUCAAGGAACUAUAUACAGCGGAGGAAUAUACCAUCCUUCAGGAACUCUACAACUUCAGAGGACCUGCUCCGACUGCUAAUGAGGAGGAACUUAAUGAAUGUGUUGAUCAUCGUAUUCAACAGUUGGAAGACUUAGAAGCAGCAUUUGCUGAUCUGAUAGAAGACGAUCGAGAAGAGGUUGUUUCACGUUGGGUUGGCAAACUUGGAAAGGCGUGUUUUGUCCGCCUGGUUUCCAGUUUGAAGUCACGAAAUCCUCACCCAGAUUAUGAAUUGGUACAUCAGGCAGGUUUAACCUGCGACUCCAUCGAGUUGCCCCAUCAUAUUAGCUCUGAUGAAGAGAUCGACAGACUUGUAUCAGCUGUGCAACGGUUUCUGAAGCACCUACCUUUACCUACUCUAGUGACAAUGUCCAGAUCCAGUCUUGAUGAAUACUGCCCUGUAGAACAAGUGGAUUUAGUCCAAUGCAGAAUACUGACUGUACUAGAAAAGCAGUAUGGACCAUUGGACAUACAAAAGGACUAUGAAAAUACUAAGACGGAGGUUCAGGACCAUCAAGCUCAGACCCUAUAAGGACUCCAGGACUGUAAUCUAAAUUGUGUUUUGUCAAGCACUGUCUACAUGUAAAUUUCUAUUGUUGCAUGUUAGUUUCUGGUUUAUGCCAAGACUGGUUAAAACAACAAAUAUU